CGAAAGGGAUAGGCUUUGAGCUGGAAUUCUGAAAACUUUGUAGAAGAAAAUUAGGAAGAUAAAUACGGAUCGGUGGAGAGAUAGAGAGAGAAAAAUAGUGAUAUGAUGGAAUUCAGUUUACUUUAGAAAGAGAGAGAGUUAAAUUUUACAUUAUAAUUUAUGGUUAUUCAGGGACCUGGACAAUUUGGAUCCGAUAAUUGGGGUGGUAAAUCUGCCAACAAAACCCACCUCCUACCACCUCUCGUUAAGGAUUGAAGUUUUUUUAGAGAGAAAAUGGCAACCACCUCUCGUCAAGGAUUGAAGUUUUGAAGUUUUUAGAGAGAGAAAAUUGCAACCCACCAAAUUGUAGAGAGAAAGACGUUCAUUCCUUGGAUUGGGUAAGAAAUCUAUUUCAUAGAAAAAGUGGGAUAGGAGUAGGCCCCUCAUCCUACCCAAAACAAAGCAUUCAAGUACACACGCCUCCCAAAGCGUUUGCAGCCUUCCAUUUUCCCAACUCUCUCUCUCCCUCCCUCCAAUUGUUUAUUCAAAGUUGAGAGUUGCGACCUCUCUCUCUCUAGGAAAUCAUCGUUCAAAGUUGAGAGUUGGGACCUCUCUCUAUCUAGGAAAUCAUCAUUCAAAGUUGGUUGAGACCUUCUUUCUUCAGUCUUCUACUUGUUUAAGUAGGCUUUGUGGUCCUGUUUCUCUCUCACAUAUAUCUGUUUUUGGGAUCUGGGUUUGAGGGUUAGGAUUGGGUUCGUGUGCUCUUUCAAUGGGUGCUUUGGAUGAGGGGCGCUUUACAGGGGAGUUUGAGAAUGAGAUGAAAUUAGGGUUUGGGUGUGGUUUUUGUGGGUUGCUUGAGGUGGAAGUGGAGGACUCUGAGACUUCUGUUAUUGAGGGCGCUGUUAAGGUUUUGUUACAGGGUUUGGGUGAAGAUUUUAAUAGAGAUGGUCUCAAGAAAACCCCUUUACGUGUUGCCAAGGCUCUUAUUGAUGGAACAAGAGGUUACAGACAGCAGGUGAAUGACAUAGUGCAAGGUGCCUUGUUUCCCGAAGCUGGUGUGGGCAGUGGGAUAGGUCACGCUGGAGGAGUCGGUGGGCUGGUGGUGGUUCGAGGCAUUGAUCUCUUCUCAUAUUGUGAGUCCUGUUUGCUUCCAUUUAAGGUCCAGUGCCAUGUUGGUUACAUCCCAUCAAAACAACAAGUUGUGGGGUUGAGCAAGCUCUCUAGAGUGGCAGAUGUUUUCGCUAAGAGGCUCCAAAACCCUCAAAGACUUGCCGAUGAGGUGUGCUCCGCAUUGUAUGAGAGCAUCAGGCCAUCAGGGGUUGCUGUUGCCCUUCAGUGCUGGCAUAUCCAGUUCCCCUCUGAUCUUGAAACAAGUGAUUCAAACCAUAUUGCUCAAGAUAUGGAUGGUUGGGCAUCUACCUCUGUCUUUUCAGGUUUGGGAUUGUUCAAGGAUAAGGCAUGUGAUGUUUGGUCUGAUUUCUUAGCCCUUGUGAAAUUCAAAGGUGCCAUCGCUCUGGACAGGAAAAGGGCCUCUUCUUGGUGUCCAUCUCAAGCUGUGGUGAUGCCUGAAUGCAAUGGGCAUGGCCUAACAAGCUUGCCCAAUCCCAUUACUGAAUCGAACCUACGGAUCUUGGCCAAGUUGGGUGCCACCCAUUCGACUAUGAUUGCAGCUGUGACCUUGAUACUUCGAGCUCUGGGUGAAGACCCAUUGAGGAAAGAACUUGUAAACACACCCCGCCAUUUUGUGAAGUGGCUGAUGAAGUUUAAAAGAUCGACUCUAGAGAUGAAAGGAAAUGGUUUUCACUAUGGUUCAGAGGUGCCAAACCCAAAUUGUAUUAUCAAGGAAUCAGGUGAAAGUGAGAGAGUGAGGAUGCGUUCUGAGCUAAAUUUGCCAUUCUGGUCUCAAUGUGAGCACCAUCUACUGCCGUUCCAUGGGGUGGUGCAUGUGAGUUACUAUAUGGUAGAGGAGGCAGAAGCAUUAGAUAGGUCAAGUUUGCAAACAAUCGUUCAUUUCCAUGCAUGCAAGCUCCAAGUGCAAGAGAGACUUACAAAGCAGAUUGCUGAGAGUGUUAACACUGUUUCGGGUGGAGGAGGUGUUAUGGUUGUUGUAGAAGCUAGCCACAUUUGUAUGAUAUCUAGGGGUAUCGAGAAGAUUGGUAGCAGCACAGCCACUAUUGCGGUGCUAGGUCAAUUUGCAUCUAAUCCUUUGGCAAAGGCAAUGUUUCUUCAGAUGAUUUCAAUCAGGACUUCUUGAAAAGGGGGGGGUAAAUCAUUGCCUCAAUGUUUGAUCAUUUCAUUUUUUCUUAAAAUUAUUUCCCUUUCUUUCUACUGCAAAGAAAGCAGCUGUAAAAGGAAUAAUGUUUGACCGGGGCUUGCUUUCUAUACAUGGCAAGUUGGUAUAUGGUUUGAUUUUUUCAGCCCCCUAUGAUGGAUCAGUUUACUGUUGGAGAAAUUGUGAAAGGCAAAUGGCUUCAACAUCCAUCUUUUAA